AUGACAGCGACAACACAGACGGUAAUUGAUGCUGAUAGCCCUCUCUACAUACAUCCUUCUGAUAGUCCGGGUUCCACACUAGUUUUUGUUCCAUUCGAUGGAAUUGGAUACUGUUCCUGGAGAAGAAGUGUACUCAGAGCUCUUUCAGUGAAAAACAAGUUAGGUUUCAUCAAUGGAGAUAGUAGAAGACACAAUGUAACAUCUCCACAUUUUCGUCAAUGGGAAAGGUGCGACAAUAUGGUCACCUCCUGGAUCUUAAAUUCUUUGUCAAAGGACAUCACUGACAGUGUCGAAUAUGUGAAUGAUUCUGUUGAAUUGUGGAAAGAAUUGGAGGAUCGAUAUGAUCAGACAAACGGAGCUAAACUGUAUCAAAUUCAGAAAGAGAUCAAUGAUUUGAGUCAGGGCGUGCUUGAUAUCACUGGCUACUACACAAAAAUGAAGAAACUCUGGGAAGAAUUAAACACUCUCAGCGUCAAAACUCACUGUAGUUGUGUGUGUACCUAUGGGGAGAAGGAAAGUAUGCAUAAGGCAGAACAAGACAGAAGAUUGAUACAAUUUCGAAUGAGACUCAAUGAAGUAUACACGGUUGUUCGAGGAAGCAUACUUAUGAUGAAUCCUUUGACAUCUAUGGCACAGGCAUUUGCUCUUCUGAUACAGGAGGAAAAGCAAAGAGAAUUUAAGCCAAGAAACCAACUAAAUGUUGAUUCCACGGCAUUGAAUGUCAGCCUAGGAGGAAGAAGCUUCAAGACAAACUACUUAGCUGGGACUGGAAAUCAAAUUACAAAUAGUAGACCCCGACCUUUUUGUGACUAUUGCAAACGACAAGGUCACACUAAGGACAAGUGCUAUAAGCUGCAUGGAUACCCUUAG